AUGCCUUUUUUCCCAAAUCAGAACGAUGUCGAGACACGUCUGUGCACAGCUGUCAACGUCGCCAUCCAAGCAGGCGAUGCCCACCAAUUACAGUCGAUUGUGCUCCUGGAGCCGCUCGAGGCCAACCGGUGGCCGCCAGAUCACCAAGAGCUCAUCAACUCGUUAAAGCAAAAUUACCCUGUGUCGAAUCCUGUGUCAGAAAAGCGACUCGAGGAUCUAGUGAGGCGGGUGGUGACGGAGACUGCAGAGUCUGAAGAUGCCGAGGGAAGACCUGUGCAGUCUUGGGGUUCGUUGGUCACGUUUCUUGUCGGAUGGAUGACCUUCCUUAGAGACGUUGACGCCAACAAUCUCGUCAUGGUGUUUGAGAUGAUGUCGGACCUUCAGCCGCGAGCCAACAGCGCAUUGCAGCACCCUACCAAAGGCAUCCUGAUGCUUCCCACCAUCAUGUACUAUGCCAAGGUAUUUGCGCGUGUGGCUAUCGGCUUGGAUAACAAUCCUAGUUUGGCCCAGCAGCUCUUGACUGAUGUGGAUGAGGAUGGCCAAAGAGAGUCAUUGCCGGAAAAGGCUGCCAACAUCGUGCGACAGGCCUUUAUCAUAUGCUUGAAUGAUCGAAACACCGUGCCGGGAGGCAUAAGGGAUGGUAAACCUGACGGUAAGAAGGUUGGCAUUUACAAGAUGGCCAAUAUAUGUCUGAAGACAUUGUUUCAAGCCGAUAAACUGGGCAGCUGCGAGACUAUUUUCCACAACAUAUCAAACUCAUCACCGCCACUACACAUUUACCCAGCUGCAGAGAGAACGACAUAUCUCUACUAUCUCGGGCGAUACCAUUUCAGCAACACCAACUUCUACGCCGCUCAGCUCGUCUUGGAAAUAGCGUACAGAGGUUGCCACAGACAAUGUCCGAGGCAGCGCCGUUUGAUUGCCGUCUGCCUCGUCGCCGCAAACAUUAUACUUGGUCGCUUCCCCAACCAAUACAUCUACAACGACCCAGCCAAUGUUGGGUUCCGUGAAGUAUUCGAGCCAAUCACGCGCGCGAUUCGCAAAGGCGACCUCGAAGCGUUCCGCCGGAUUACCAACCUUGACCUUUCGCACCCAAGUGCUGAGUUCAUGAUCAAGUACCGCAUAUUUUAUCCAAUUGGCAACUAUUGCGAAGUCCUUGUAUGGAGAUCGCUCCUCCGGAAAAUAUUCAUCCUUACUGGCAGCAUCGGCGAGGCGUCAAAAGCAGCCGCGUUACUCGACCUCAACGCAGCUGUGCAAGUAUUUCGGUACCUGGAGGCACGCUCAAGGAUCAAGAAUGCCGCGAUGGCUGCCCAGGACCGCGGCCCAGGUCGUCGUAACUUUGGCCACAUAUUCCAGGACCACGCGUCAACGACCAGGUCCACAUACAUCGACCCGGAUUUUGUCGGCUUGAACAAUGUGCAGCCAUAUACACACGAGUUCGACAUUCCCGAGAUGGAAUGCAUAUGCGGUAGUCUCGUCACCCAGGGUUUCCUGAACGCAUACAUUGCGCAGUCGAAGCAAAAGGUCGCAAUCCAAGGUGUGAAGCAUGGUAACCUCAAUGCCGGAUUCCUGGUCCCGUGGGAAGUGAACAAGGAAAAGAACAAGGACGAUGUGCUAGGCUGGAAGAAGGAAGUUGGAGGCGACGGCGGAAAAGUCGUUAGACUCUCGUUUGCAGCGCCGGCGGGAUCGUAGCAAGACGGCCUGGCCUGGAUGAUACCCUUUGUAUGAAGUUUGGAUAAGGAGACCAAAGACCAAGAUACCAAGAACGAG